GUAUAAAACGUGUGGCGCCGGGUGCUGUGACACUCCCUGGGCAUCCAGCGAAAUGGCUUUCCUGUGGGCAGUGGCUGCUUACCUCGCCCUCCUCGGAGGCGUCCUGGGCUGCGGGGUCCCUUCGAUUAAGCCGAAUGUGAGGGACGUCGAGAGAAUUGUCAAUGGGGAGAAUGCGGUGUCAGGCUCGUGGCCCUGGCAAGUCUCCCUGCAGUCUAGCACUGGUUCCCAUUUCUGUGGUGGUUCCCUUAUAAACGAGAACUGGGUGGUGACCGCUGCACACUGUCAAGUGAGGGCCGGGUCGCAUUACGUGGUCCUCGGAGAGUACGACCGAAGCUCUGCCGCCGAGCCCAUCCAGAGGCGGUCCAUCGUCAAGGCCAUCACGAACCCCGGCUGGGACAGCAGGAACCUGAACAACGACAUCACGCUGCUGAAGCUGUCUUCUCCGGCUCAGCUGAACGCACGCGUGUCUCCGGUCUGCCUGGCUUCUUCCACAGAGACCCUGCCCGCGGGGCUGAAGUGCGUCACCACCGGCUGGGGCCGGACCAGUGGAACCGCGAGUGGCUCUGCGGCCAGGCUGCAACAAGUGGCCCUUCCUCUGGUGACGGUGAAUCAGUGCCAGCAAUACUGGGGUAGCCGCAUCACCAGUUCCAUGGUCUGUGCUGGUGGGGCUGGAGCCUCCUCCUGCCAGGGUGAUUCUGGCGGGCCUCUCGUGUGCCAGAAGGGAUCGGCGUGGACCUUGAUCGGGAUCGUCUCCUGGGGCACCACCAACUGCAAUGUCGGGACCCCUGCCGUCUACACCCGUGUUUCCAAAUUCCGCAACUGGAUCGAGCAGGUGGUAGCAUAUAACUGAAGGCAGGCCUGCGGAGCCUGAGGCUACAAGCCCGGGUGCCCAAGCCAUUCCCGUCCGUGGAAAUGCGCGAGAGGAGCACCUGGGCCAGAGAGGCCCACCGCAAUGCCUGUAUCUUUCUCUGCAAGCAAUAAAAGAGGUGCUUUCCUUGCAA